AUGCCUGCCAUCCCUACUUCAACUCGGUCUUCUUCCGCACCCACUGGCCUCUUCUCCCCGGUCUUCCUCUACGCUCUCCUCGCUGUCCUCAUUGUCUUCGUCAUCAUCCUCAUCACCGUCUCCAACUACCGCGCCAUGUCCCGCCGCAAGGCGAACGCAUCUUGGACCGCCGGCCCAGCCCCGACGUUGUCGACCCGUCCUCAAUCGGUAUCCCAGUUCAAGCCAUUCUUACUCAGGGCGGACCUCGCACUGCCCCCGAACGCGCAACUUCGUCGGAGCGCCGAGAAGGAGUUCACUGUCGUGCGCGGCAAGCGAAUGUCAAGACCCAUAUCAUUCUCAUUCGAAGAGCCGGUGCAACCACCUCUACCAGUCUACACCUCGGCACCGCCCUCGCUCGCUCCCAAGCUGCAUAUAUCGCUACCCAAAGCGGCGCCCGCAGCCGAAAUCGGCCUCGAUACACCCCCUCCGACUCCCAUCGUCGCUGAACAGCCUGUCGAUGACAUUUGCAAGCACGAAGAGGCCUCUAGCCCAUAUAGCAUGCCGUCUCAGGACAGCGUGAGCUCGCUCUUCCGCGACUCGAGCGUAUCUUUCUCGUCCCUGCUGGACGCUUUCCCAUCCCCGCCCACCACAACCAACACUGCUAAGCCAACCCGCGUAUUCGAGGAUAUCUACCCGACCCCACCCACGACUCCGUUGAUACCCAUCUUCGAGUUCACCGAGCUUCCGGCGUCUAACGCCUCGACCGCGCUCGGCCACGCGCCUCCGGCGCCUAUCUCUCCCUCGCGUCCCAUGCGCGCUAGCGAUUCCGACAUCCUCAUCCUCGACCGGCUCUUCAUUCAAAGCCACCCCUCAUCUCCUUCCAUGGAGACCAUCGCGUUCGAGGAACCCCAGUGCCCACCGCACCAGACUUUCGCCGCCUACAAGGCGCCUCUCUUUACCGUCACGCCGAUCCCGGCCUCUGCGAGCUUCCGCGCCACCGUCGAGUUCGCCUCGGCGGGCGGCUACCUUACCCCACCGGCUUCGUCGCUCUGGUUCUGA